UUAUUAAUUUGAUUCUUACAAUUAUUCAUAGAGUGCAUUUAAUUCAAAUGUUUGACUAAAUUUACUAUUAAAUAAUUUUUAAUUAUUACUUUUAAUAUUAAAUAUUCUUAGGUGAUAUAUCUUUUGUAUCAUAACUAAUUAGUAUUAAAAAUGGCAGUGCGUAGAGCUAGUCAUGCAGGAAGUUGGUAUUCAGAUUCUGCAAAAGAGCUUAGUAAUCAACUUGAAAAUUGGUUAGGAGCUGCAGAUCUCUCUCAUGGACCUGCUAGAGCAAUCAUAGCUCCUCAUGCUGGUUAUCAAUAUUGUGGAGCAUGUGCAGCUUUUGCAUAUCGUCAGAUAAGUCCUUUUGUAGUGCAACGUAUUUUCAUUCUUGGUCCUUCACACAAUGUUCGUCUUUCUGGAUGUGCAUUAUCAAGUGCUGUUAAAUACCGAACACCAUUUUAUGAUUUAAAAAUAGAUAGUGAAAUUUAUAGAGAGCUGGAGUCUACUGGUAAAUUUGAGCAAAUGAGUCUUAAAGUUGAUGAAGAUGAACAUAGCAUGGAAAUGCAACUACCAUAUAUUGCCAAAGUUAUGCAAGAUUAUAAAGAUAAAUUUACCAUAAUACCUGUAAUGGUUGGUUCAUUGAGUACUGAAAAAGAAGCACUCUAUGGUCAAAUAUUCUCAAAAUAUUUGGCAGAUCCAACAAAUUUGUUUGUUAUUUCUUCAGAUUUUUGUCAUUGGGGUCAACGUUUUCGUUAUACAUUCUAUGAACGGUCUUGGGGGGAAAUUCAUCAAUCAAUUAAAACUUUAGAUCAUAAAGGUAUGGAUAUAAUUGAAACCUUAGAUCCAUCAGCAUUUGUAGAAUAUUUAAAAACUUUUUCAAAUACAAUAUGUGGUCGACACCCAAUCAGUGUCUUAUUACAGGCUGCUAAUCAUCUACAAAAAUCUUCUCAAAAUCAACAAAAAAUGUUUUUGAAGUUUCUGAAAUAUGCUCAAUCUAGCCAAUGUUAUAAUAUGAGUGAUUCUUCUGUGAGUUAUGCAUCUGCAUCUCUCAUAUUUGAAUAAUAAUUUGGUUAUAAAUAAAAAAAGUAAAGAAAUUUAAAGCAUUCAAACAAAUUAAUAAAUAUUAUUUAAUAAUUACAUAUAUAUUCUUAUAAAAUAUAAAAAGUAUUUUCAUAAUAAA